AUGGGUCUGGGUCCACUCCUGCGACAGAGGCGAAGAAUGGCGGCGGCUCCACGAUGUCCUCCUCAGCCCUUCGGUUAUGAUGAGAUCAACCCAGACUGGAGACUCUCUAGUGAAAAAAGAAAGAAAAUAAGAGAUAAAGAAUCCUAUUACCCCUUGAUAGAUGUAAAUUGGUGGGCCAAUAAUUCUGUCAUCCUGGCUCGAUGCUCUGGUGCACUGACUGUUUCAUCAGUCAAGACAUUAAGAAACUUGCUGGGAAAGUCAUGUGAAUGGUUUGAGAGUUCUCCUCAGGUCACUUCAGCUCACGAUGGUGGAUUUCUAAGUCUGGAGUGCGAGAUAAAACUUGUUCCAAAAAGACUGCGCUUGGAGAGCAGACCUGGUGAUGAAGAUGAAGAAGAUGACUCUGAAUCAGAUGAUGAAACUUCUGCUAAGGACAGAUACUUCAGCUACCUAAAGCAAGGCCUGUACUUCGUGACAGAAAUGGAACGAUUUGCUCCUCCGCGGAAACGUCCACGUACUAUUACAAAGAAUUUCCGCCUUGUCAGUUUGAGAUCCACGACUCCAGAGGAACUGUACCAGAGAAAAAUUGAUAAUGAAGAAUAUGGGGAAGCUUUGACUUUGGCUCAGACAUAUGGCCUUGACUCUGAUCUUGUGUAUCAGAGACAGUGGAGAAAGUCAGCUGUUAACGUUGCUUCAAUUCAAGACUACUUGAGCAAAAUUAAGAAGCGCGCAUGGGUUCUUCAUGAGUGCUUGGAAAGAGUUCCAGAGAAUGUGGAUGCUGCUAAGAAACUGCUUCAGUAUGGCUUGAAAGGCACAGACUUGGAGGCUCUUGUGGCCAUAGGAAAAGGAGAAGAUGGUGGCAGAUUUAUCUUACCAGGGGAGGUGGACAUUGAAAUUCCCUAUGAAGACUUUUUGUCACCAGAUAAAGAAAUGGAUACUAGAAAGCAAAAAGAGGCCAAGAAGCAUCAAGAACUGCUAUUAUCAGUAAACUUCUCAAAGCUGACACUGGAACAAAAGGAACUCUGCCGUAGCAGGCUGAGGCUGUUAACUUACCUUGAUCGCCUUGAAACCUAUGAGGAAAUCCUUGGAGGACCUCAUGCAGCUGAACAGCACUACGAUGGUGAAUUCUUCAAGAAGUUCAGAAAUCAGAAUAUUGUACUUUCAGCACGAACUUAUGCUCGGGAAAGUAAUGUCAGAGCCCUGGAAAUUUUGUUCACUUUCCAUGGAUCAGCUUUACUUCCACACAGACAGGCAAUUCUCUCCAAUUUUCCAGAGACUACUUCACCUCAUGAAUAUGCUUUCUUGUUGCCUGAAGCUUGUUACAAGCAGGGGACAUUGAAAAUUCUCCCUUGGAAUGAGCAGAAACAUCGUGAAGAAGACUGGUGUGAAAAAGCGGAAUGCAGGACGAUUGUUGAACCAACUUUACAAGAUGAAGGUGAAUUUCUGUAUGAAACACAACCUGAGUUACUGAAGUACAGGACUACUGACCUUUCAGUAGGUCUUGUUACGGAUUGGUAUUUGAGCAGAGCACAGGAAAUUGAAAAAUAUGCGAUGCAGGUGGACUGUGCUCUGUCCCUUGUUCGUCUUGGCAUGGAGAGGAAUAUUCCUGGUCUGCAGCUGCUUUGUGACAAUCUGAUCACCCUUGAGACAGUAGUUUAUGAGACUGAUGGUGAUCGAACCUUAACUUUGAAGGAACUUGUAGAGAUGAAAGACAUUGAAAAGCUGAGACUGUUGAUGAAGAAUUCCUCUGACGAAAAAUAUGUGAAGAAUGUUUAUCAGUGGAUGAUCCCUUUUCUCCAUCGCUGUGAAAAUCAAUCUCCUGGUCUUGCAAAUUCACUUUUUAGAGAAUAUUUAGUAACGUUAGCAAAGGAAGACCUGACUCUACCUCUGAAGAUAUUUCAGAAUUCAAAACCCGCUUGUCAGCAAAAACUUAUUCCUGAUCAAGACCAGGUUAUGAUUACGGCACUGGAAUGUAUUUAUAGUUGUGAACGAGAUGACCAGCUCUCUCUCUGUUACGAUAUCUUGGAAUGCCUUCCACAAAGAGGAUAUGGGCCUGAAACAGAUAAGACUAACACUCUUCAUGAUGAAGUAGAUGAACUGGAACAAAUUCUUAGCGUGUCAGAGCUGUUGGAGAAACAUGGCCUUCAGAAACCAGUUUCCUUCGUGAAAGAUACGAAGGACAAUGCGGAGGAGGCACGGAAGCUGAUGAUUAGGCUGACGAGGCACAUGGGUCGCAAGCAACCAUCAGUCAGUGAGACACAGUGGAAGGAAUUGCUCCAGGAUAUGUUAGACAUGCAGCAGAAAGUAUAUACAUGCUUGCAUGCAGAUACUUGCUAUGAGAUAUUCACAGAAAGUCUUCUCUGCUCAAGCAGUAUAGACAACAUCCACCUGGCUGGGCAAAUGAUGCAUUGCAGUACCUGGUCAGUGGAUUUACCAAGCUCAUCAAAAGGAAAGCCCCAGUACCGUGUCAGCUAUGCCAGAAGUAUUGAACUAGUUUUGGCUGCUGGCAGAGAAUAUUUCAAUUCUUCAACGAGUUUGACUGAUAGCUGUAUGGAUUUGGCGAGGUGCUGUCUACAACUUAUUGUAGACUGUCCGAGUGCUAUUCAGGAGGAGCUAGAUCUCAUUCGUGCUCUUGGCUACCUUGAAGAAUUUGGUGUGAAAAUAUUACCACUACAAGUGCGUUUAUGUUCGGAUCGACUUAGUCUUAUCAAGGACUGUCUUGCUCAGAUGCCAACAAACUACAAACAGUCUGCUAAGCUCCUGGGACUUGCAAAUUUGCUAAGGGUGGCAGGAGAUGAUCAGAUGGAAAGAAAAGGUCAAGUUUUAAUCCUUUUAGUGGAACAAGCUCUCAGUUUCCAGGACUACAAAGCAGCUAGUAUGCAUUGCCAGGAGCUUAUGGCCACAGGUUAUUCUAAAAGCUGGGAAGUAUGCAGCCAGCUUGGGCAAUCGGAAGGUUACCAAGAUUUGGGUAUGCGCCAGGAACUAAUGGCUUUUGCUCUGACACACUGUCCCCCAAGUGCCAUAGAGGCGUUGUUGGGAGUGAGCAGUUCAUUGCAAACCCAGAUUCUUUAUCAGGCUGUGAAUUGCCAGUUUCUUCCAUCAGAAGGAAGUGAGAAUGUAAAUAUCUCAGGACCUUCUUCAUUGAUCAGUAAGGAUACAGAGGAUGAAAGCAAUGACUCCUCUAGCCAGUCUGCUGACUUGUUGUACUGGACGACAUCCAAAACCAUGAAGGUGUUGUCUAACACAACUCUGACUACAAAAGCCAUGCUGCAUGCUGUCAGUGAUGGACAGUGGUGGAAGAGAUCUUUAACUUACCUUCGGCCGUUACAUGGACAAGACAUGUUAAAAUGUGGGCCUGGAGAAAAUGUCAGUGUGGAAAAACAAGGCUGUCAUCCGUUUUAUGAGUCUAUAAUCGCUGAUCCAUAUGUUGCAGAAUCUGAAAUCAGCUAUGGCACAUACCAGAACAAUUCUUUGGAAAGCUUUGCAGAAGUAUUGCUGAGAACAGAGAAACUGACGGAAACAAAGAGCAAAGGAAAAGACCUACUUCCAACUACAGAAGUUCUGCUACAAAUGGCGAGUGAUGCUUUACCCAAUGAUAUGACCUUGUCCCUUGCCUAUCUACUUGCACUGCCAGAGGUGGUGGAUGCCAACAAAUGCUUUGAAAAGCAAUUACAUUCUGCGUUAUCUCUCCAGCUGGCAAGUUAUUACUACAGCCUGCAGAUCUAUGCUCGUUUGGCACCAUGUUUCAAGGACAAAUGCCACCCUCUCUACAGG